GGAGAGAGAGCGGGAGGCCUGGCUCUCCUGCAAAAUACCCGGAAAACCUACCAUAUAUGGCUCCCUGAAGUGUCAAGGGGUUGACAAAGAUGGUGUGCUGGUGGUCACGGCCUCAGAAGGAUUUGAAGUAACCGAAGUUACAAAGAAAAGCAUUCGAAUUUCCUGCCCCGAUGGAAGCACAGUCUCAAAAUUUCUUGUUCCUUACACAUCCUUUUCUAGAAUCCAAAAUGAAAGUAUAAUUUGCAUGGAUGUUUCCAGUGGAGGUGGACUGGGAGUCUCAUCCAGCACAGAUGGAACGUUGAAAAUCUGGCAGACUAACAAUGGAGAAAUCAGGAGGAAUCUUGUGGGCCACGUGUAUGACGUGAAUUGUUGCAGGUUCUUCCCAUCGGGCAUCGUUGUUCUGAGUGGAGGAAUGGAUGCUCAGCUAAAGAUCUGGUCAGUUGAAGAUGGAAACUGUGCGGUGACACUGAAAGGACACAAAGGAGGGAUCCUUGAUACAGCAAUUGUAGAACGUGGACGAAAUAUCAUCUCGAGCUCCAGGGAUGGGACAGUAAGGUUGUGGGAUUGUGGAAAGUCCGCUUGCCUUGCAGUUCUCGCAGACUGCGGGUCUCCUGUCAAUGGCUGUUCAAUUGGCAUUGUUGAAAAUACCAUGAAUUUGGGUUCUCCCGAAGAACCACCAAGUGAACGUGAAAUAGGAACCGAAGGGAAAUUGUUACUUUUAGCACGUGAAGACAGGAAACUGGAAAGCUUUGGUCUUCAUUGCAGACAACCAAUAUUUGUGUUUGAGGGAUCCGAUGCCUUCAACUGUUGCACGUUCUUGUCGAGCACACAGCUCCUCGGAGGAACACAGGACGGCAACAUUUAUCAGCUGGAUAUUCGAAACACACAAAUGCCUAUACAGACUAUCCAUAGAUCGGGUGCCCCAGUGCUCUCUCUAUUUCCCUGUAGAGAAGGCUUUAUGGCUAGCCACGGUGAUGGAAGUUGUUACAUAAUUCAGCAGGAUCAGGAUUAUUCCAUUGAAUUGACAGGGCCCGACUCUGAUCCCGUUUACAAGGCAGUUUUAUGGGAGAAUUUUGCCUACACCUGCUCCAGAGAUGGAUUUGUGAGGAAAUACCAGGUACCUGGUAUCUAAACAAUUUGCGCAUUGUUCAGGAGGAACUACCUUCAGACGAGGAUCUUUCAGUCCCAAUUUAGUGUUUUGUAAGGCAAUGAAUGUAAAUACUUGAGACAGUAGAUUAUUAUGCGUCAUCUGGGAAUUAUUGUGUUCCUUGCGUUGUGCUUCGACUGAUUUGUGUGGACGUGAAGAAGAAUUUCACCUGCCAUUUGCUUCUUGGUAGUAAUCCUUUUCAUGACAUUUUGAAUGUUUGUUUUCAAACAUGUAUCGGUGAAAUCACUUCUUACUCUGUACUCUUUCAUCGUCUGUGUUAAACACAGUCCAAAGAGGCAAUCGCCAAUG